GUUUUCCCAAGUGUUGUAUAGCCUGUAAAUCGAUUAAUCGGAUAUGGAGUAGGACUAGAAAAAAUGAGUUGCAAUCUAGAAUUACAAGAGGAGGAGCUGGAGGUAUUGCGUUCCAUAUAUGAAGGAGAUGACAUGUUCAAGGAGACUGGCACAAACACAUUCCAGUACAAGUAUGGUGAGGAUAACAGCCACCGUUCCCUUUUGGUCGAGAUCUCGUGGGGAGACUCCUACCCAGACACCCCUCCCACUGUCAACCUUACCACCUUUUACAACAAACACAUAAUUGACAGUGUGAAAACAAAGAUCAAGAAUGGUGUUCUUGAACAGGCAGCUGAUCUGGAGGGUAGUGCAAUGACCUAUUCCCUAUUUGAAUGGGUGAAGGAAAACUAUGAUGAACUUAUUACUGAACAGCCAGAGUCUGCCCUUAUUUCCUCAUCUAAGAGUGAGGACGGUUUAGAAUCAGCCGACAGGCCGGACGAUAUAGCUAAGAAAAAGGAGAGAAAGGACCAGUUAACGAAGCAACAGAAGAGACGUUUGUAUGAGAAAAUGGGCAACGCAACGGGCGAGAAGCCAAGGGGCUGGGAUUGGGUGGAUGUUGUGAAACAUUUGUCACAGUCGGGCGGCCAGACUACCUGAUAGCCGCAUUGCUGGGAUGGGGCAAUAGAUAUAUUUAUAUUAUUAUGAUGCACAGUGCUUGUUUAAAACUGUGAUACUUAUUAUGGAAACUGAAAUCGGUGAAAGCACUUAUUGUAUCAUGAUGAAAUAAAUUCAGUCAAGGUGUUCUUUGUUUCCAGAAAUCGUACUGAGUAAAGGCCAUAAGAUUCUAUGUGCUUUUAAUGUCUUAAAGUAUGAGAACAUUUUUUCUCUUAUAUUAAACAUUAAAACAAUAAUAUUAGAUUUUAAAGUUGUAAAUAAUCAUUUCAGGUGUAGAACAUUUCUCAAAUGUUCUUUAUGUUCUAACUAGAAUUUUUUUAUUAAGAGACAGAAACAGAUGUUUUUGUUUUCUAAUAACCAUUUCUGCCGUCAAUGACUUGCAUUGGUGCAUUGUUUCCUGUUCUUUGAAAUGUACAAUGCUGUAAAUACUAGGUUUAAAACAAUUUUGAGAGAUGUUUUUGUUUUCCAGUGACCCUUUCAAUGGUCAAUGACUUGCAUUGAUGCAUUAUUUUCAGUUUUACUAGAUGUAUGGAGCUGUUAAAACUAGGUUUAAAACAGGACAAUGUCAACAGUUUUCUGGGUGCUCAUUAUGAACAUGUUCAAUGUUUUUAAGGAAAUUGUGGGCGAGCUUUAAUUAGAUAGCUAACUUUAAAAAAUAAUCUGCUUAUGGUGCUAAUACUGUACGAUAGAACAGCCAUUGUGCUGUUAACUAAAUGAUGCUGCCACCUUUCUAUUGUUUGUUUCCAGGAUAUAUGAGUUGUUACACUGUAUGAUCUCUUUGAUUGAUAGGCUAUGGUGUUUACCAUCCUGCAAAUAUCAGACUUAUAGCUUGUAACAGUACCAUAGCUUAAUAAACUCUAAUAUCAAC